GCGUCGUGGCGCACUGUGCGGAUCAGUCGCCCUCCAGCCACCGCCCCAGAUACGAGUUCAGCCACUUCCGGUCCUUCUCGUCGCUGGUCGGACGCGUUCUUUCGCCGACAUCACCGCUUUUCAGUUUUCGUUCCCUUUUUCCCCCCCUGUAGUCUCGCGCGCGAAGCUUUUCCGUUUCGUUUUCGCCUAACACGAGAGAGAGAGCGAAGGAUUACAAGUCCGACAAUCACGCUAGAAACAUGCUGAUCGGUCUCGUGCGCGACUCAGUGCUGCAGUGCUUCUGUCACAGCUGCAAGGCACCCUUGAGCAUCGUAGCGGGCGACAGGAGGGGCAACGCGCCCUUCAAGAAGCCGAGCGGCAAAGGAAAACCGCGGACCAAGCAGCCGAAGAAAGUGAAGUUCAUCACGACCGAGAUCCGAUGCCAGGAAAAGUCGAAGGGCGGCCUGUGCUACGAAGUGAUCUUGGCAGAGCCAACAGUGCCGAAGAGAGCACCGUCGCCGCCACAAACGAGUCCGACUCAACAAGUCGCUAUCGAGGACAAGCUGCGUGCGGCGGAGGAGAGAAGACUCUCGCUGGAAGCUCAUAAGCUGGCCGCGCUCGCCGCGAAGCUCAGCAGAAUCGAGGAGGCAGCUCGCAAGAAAGACGAGCUUAGCGCCGCUUUCAUCGCCGCGACCCGCGAGUCCCUGGACGCCAAGAUGAACAACACGGAGGAGAAGCGAGAGGCGCACAUCGCCGAGCUGAAGAACAAGCUGAAAGAACACUUUGAGAGCUUCGAGAAGAGUCGCUUGAGCCUUGAACAGCAGACCGAGGAGGUCCGUCUGGCCGUCGAAGAGAAGCUGAAGACCGCCGCCGCUCAGCGCGACGAGAACAUCAAAAGGAUGCUGGAUCGCCUCAAGGAACACGAGGAGCAAGCAGCUCGCGUCCGCCAGGCAAUAUCCGAGCGUGUCCAGCAGCUCGAGACCCAGAUCCAGGGCAAACUGGACCAGGCCCGUGAACGUCGCGAGAACCUUGAGCGUGAACAGAAGGAGAAGCUGCGCAACUACGAGAGGCGCGCCGAGAUGGUGAGACAGAACAAAGCAGCUCUGUCCGAGCAGUCCAACCUGCCCGCCGAGAACGAGACCGCCAGCUCUGGGUAAACUGGAGAUCAUUUGCGAUCGCAAUCCUCGUUAAAAUACUUUUUUCAUCGUGACAGAAUCGAGGAAAGAGGGACAGAGGGAGGAGGGGAAGAGAAAUGCGAGAUUCGACUAAUUAAAGGGGCGCUCGCGGCGUCAGCUCGCUGAAUAGGUCAUCGAAGUUACGUGUUUCAAAUUCGAGAAUUAAAUCCAAGGAGCAGUUGCUCGUUGUGCUUGGCGAGGCCUCCGUUACGCUUUGUGCCAUUUUCGUUCGCUGGAUGAAAUAAACUAAACAACAAACAGACAAAAAGACAAAAAAAAAAGACGAAACGAGAUCGAUUUCAAAGGAACACUCGCAAGCGAUUGUAGUAGUCGGAGAGAUUUGCAAUUUUAACGAUCAUUAUUUAAAUCACGACGGUUGGGAAACUACACAGUUCGAUUAGAUAAAAAAAGAGAGAUAGAGAGAAAGAGAGAGAGAGAGAGAGAGGGAAGAGAUGUAAUUCCCCGUCUUUCAUUUUCCCAACCGUCUCCUGUUUUAUACUCGUGCAAAGAAAAAUUACUGCCUUUAUCUGAAAGAGAAAACUCGUUUGCUUUUAAUAGGGGAGAAGGUGUCGAGAAAAGGUGGUACACAUAUAUAUUGUACACGUACUAUACCAGAAUUUUUGGAUAUGACGUGUAAAAUAUUGAUUUUUCAGUUCUGACGUGCCUACCACUUACAUGAUUGUAGAUCCUCUACGAGAUGACAUUAUUAUAAACGGAUAUAACUUCUCUGUGUUUUGUGAUUGAUUGUGUACCGUUGGAGUCACUGAUACUUUUUUAAGAUCUCUUUUCAUUUUUAUAACAUGCUUGUUUUCAAUAUAUAUAUAAAUAUACAUAUACAUGUAUAUGUAUGUAUCAUUUUUUUUAUGAUGGCUAUGGUGGUUGUUGUUGACUUUUAAAGCAACCCGGUCGCAAAGAAAUCAUUGUAUGGAUCGUAAAGAAAACGAUCGGGCCAGGAGGGAACGUGUUAAGCCUUUUACAAUCCAUUUUGUACGAUCAUUUUCACUAUUUAUCUUCUUUCUUUUUUUUUUACAAACGUAUUUUUCAUUUUCGUAUCGGUAUUUCUGUUCGUUAAAAAAACGUUCUUUGCUUUCAUUCAUAGAGUAAUAAAAUAGAAUACUACCGCUACAAUUAGAUCAUAAGUGGUAAUCGCGACCAUAUGUGUGUACACAUACCAUGCGUAAAUAAACGAAAGGAAAAAAAGAAACAGCGUACGUAUGUGUGUGUGUGUAUGGUAUGUGCCCGACAUGUAAGCACACUCUAUAACAUUAUAUGAUAGUGCUUUAUACUAGGCUUGAAAACUUUAAAACCAUUUUGUACUCGAUCAUUGUAAUAUUACUGCGCUAACUGAAACAAGAACAUUCACAAGAUAUGUAGUCUAAUUGAAUAUGAUAAUAUGAUGCUUCUGUGAUGACUUACUUAUUUGUCAAAAUGUGUAGUGUUUAAGUGAGAAAGAGAGAGAGAGAGAGUGUGAGAGAGAGAAAGAGAGACAUUUGAUUCCUCUACGCACGCAUGGUUACCGUGGCUAGGGGCCUUAAUUACAUUCGUAUUAUAUAUCAUCGCUGGAAGUACAUAUUUAAAAACAAACAAAAAUAGAAAGAACACGAGAAACUAAAAUAACGAGAAGUAAUUUGAAUCGCGCGCCCGUGCUGGAGCAAAGUUUUCGCCAGAUUUCCCUUUUUAUAACAAUAUUAUCGGUAGCUGAUGAUUCCUCGGCCUACAUAGAUAUGUAUUUCGUAUAUAUAUAUGUAUAUAUGUACGUGCACAUAUACAUAUUUUAUACAAAUAUCGGGGGGGAUGUUGUUAAACUCGGAGGAAAAUUUUCGCUCUGGUCACGGUAUCGCUGCGAAAACGAGAAACAAACGAUGGCGCAUAGGAAGAACAACUUUGCCGCAGUGAUAUUGCAACCGAUACCCUACGAUCUAGAUAUCGAAUAACUAUGUAUACAUACAGACAAAUUUUUACAAAUGGCUAUUUGCAGAAGUGCUAACGCGAGAUUUAACAAAAAGAAAAAGCGAAGAAGAAGGGAGAAGAACGAGGGGAAAGAAAUGUAACAAAUUAAUUAAUCGAAAAGGAGAUCGAAUGGGAGAACAUAUUAGUACACUUACUACGUCGACGAGUAUGCAACUGUAACCUAUAUUGCCGAGUGUUGAUUCGCUAUCUGUCGCAAUGCCGAUACAGAAAUAAAGAAGGAAACAUAGAAUUCCGUUACUUUUUUUCCUAUCGCGAUUACGACAGCCGGCGAGUAACGUCUAUUUUUGCAUAAUUGUUGUGAUCUUUUUGCAAAAUGUAACUCGCACGAUUAUUAAAUAUAGAUGCCCGACGUAUGUAUGUUGAUGCGAUUAUCCUUUUCGACUUACGUUAUUAUAUAUUUAUAUAUAUAUAAAUAUAUAUAUAUAUAGAUUUAUACGCGGCGGUAUAUAUAUAUACAUAUAUAUAGAUAUGAUAUGGUUAUUACAAUUUACAAUGUACGUAUGGUUUCUUGUGAGCUUUGGUAUUGUCUUAUCGUAAAGCGACGGAAGCAAAAUCGACACGCAAAAGGGAACUUAUCGCAAAAUGUAUUCGUACGAACGAACAGAAGAAUCGCAAGAACCCGGCUUCUGAACGAUACAUUGGCUGCCUUCGAUAUUCUUUGUUUAACUUUUUCGGUUGGGAUAUUGUGUGUUCGACCGAGAAUAUGAUUAUGUGAAGUAAAAGGCCGUACCUACACGCAUCA